GUAAGGUCGUGCGUUCGCUCGGAGUGACUCUCAUUCGCGAAUUCUGUGCAGUUUCAAAGUUCUGUUUGGUUUUGAAUUCCAGUGGAUUUUUUGAUGCAGCCUCGUGUCGCUCUCAAAAUGUGUGAAGUGAAAAGUGAGUUUGGCGUCUCAUAGUGUGAUGUGAAGUGAAGUGAAGUGACAAUGACGUCGUACCCUGAGAGCUUCAAUGACACGGUGGUGCGCGCUUUCGACGAGGGCUUCCCACUGCUGAUGCCCAAAUGGGGAUACGUGGUGUCGGCCUUCGUUCUAUUCCUCAUAGGGUUCUUCGGAUUCUUCCUCAAUCUGCUGGUGAUACUGCUCAUGUUCAAGGACCGCCAGCUAUGGACGCCUCUGAACAUCAUCCUGUUCAACCUGGUGUGCUCAGACUUCUCUGUGUCGGUCCUGGGCAAUCCCUUCACUCUCAUCUCUGCCCUGUUCCACCGCUGGGUGUUUGGGCACACCAUGUGUGUUCUGUACGGGUUCUUCAUGGCUUUAUUAGGUAUAACGUCAAUCACGACGCUGACCGUGAUCUCGUUCGAGCGAUACAUGAUGGUUACCAGGCCGCUCAGUUCAAGACACCUCAGCUCGAAGGGCGCAGUCCUGUCCAUAGUGUUCAUUUGGGCCUACUCCCUGGCGCUGACCACGCCGCCGCUGAUGGGCUGGGGGAACUACGUCAACGAAGCUGCCAAUAUCAGUUGUUCCGUGAACUGGCACGAGCAGUCCAUGAACACGCUGACCUACAUUAUGUUCCUGUUCGCCAUGGGCCAGAUCGUCCCGCUCGCCGUCAUCACCUUCAGCUACGUCAACAUCAUCAGGACCCUCAAGAGGAACUCUCAGAGGCUCGGACGGGUCAGCCGGGCGGAGACAAAAGCGACUGCCAUGGUCUUCAUCAUGAUAAUCGCCUUCACUGUAGCCUGGACACCCUACUCCCUGUUCGCUCUAAUAGAGCAAUUCGCAACGGAGGGCAUCAUCUCGCCGGGAGCUGGCGUGAUACCCGCUCUAGUCGCCAAGAGCUCUAUCUGCUACGACCCCCUAAUAUACGUCGGCAUGAAUACACAAUUCCGGCAAUCAAUCAAACGGAUAUUCGGGAUGCACAGCAAAGGGAAGCAAUCGCAAACGGAGAAAGGGUUCAACAACACCAUGAUGUCCCCAGCCCACAAGCUCUCCGUCAACAAUGAGACCACACGGUACAUCUCCUCAGACAGCACCAUAUCGACCAUUCCCAAGAAAAUUAAGGAUACCAAAAGGAUAAUUUUUAGCGAUAGUAUUACUGAAGUCAACAACGAAAAUAACCGUCCCAUUAGAGAUGUUGAACUAUGCACAAUUAAUGAAAACAGAACAGCAUCUGAUGGAGAAAGAUCUGGAGAAACCACGUAUGAUGACGACAGUAACAGCAACAGCCAGAAAAAACUUGAACUAUUCGGCGAAUCGUGUAAACUGUUCAACAAACGGUCGCCUGUGGUUACAAUAAUAGACACUGAACAUUUAAUAUUUAGUAAAUAUGGUAAAAACAAACACGCCGAUAGUGGAGGCGUCAAUAAUGUUUACGGAAAUGAGGCUUACGAAGAACAUUCCACGGAUAAAACGCACGAUGUAUACAAAACUGGUAAUGAAAUAAAGACACAUAAAACUAUAAAACAUAGUUACUCACUUGAUCUUAGUGUUGUAGCUAAUGAAAGCAAAGGCAGGAAGCUGUCGAUAGAAACGAAAUUCGAGACGUUGAUACAGCCGAAAGGAUUCUUUAAAGAUACUAUAAUAAGUAAGCUUUUUGAACCGGAGUCGAAGCAAGAUGGCAUAAAGAGUUACUUGUGUACGAUUGACAAAGGCGAUGGAAGUGACAACAACUUGUAGCUCUAGACUGGUGUCCGAGUACCGAGGGAACAAACUUAAUAUCAUUUACGAUUUAGGCUCGACGAAUGUUUUCACAGGCCUCGGGUAAAAAAUUGGAGACCGAAUUUAAGUGAAAUUUCGUGAUCCAGUCUAAAAAGGGUGCUGAUAAUUUAGAAAGAGUUUAGGAAUGAAAGCUGUAAGUCAUGGAUCUGUGAUAUAAA